CAUUGCAGCUUCUACAGAUAGCAGACGCCAUCCGAGAUGUGUUGUUAAACUUCAGGAAAUACGAUUACAGUAACACACAGCCAAAUUAUAUUUUUCUACGUGAUUUAGUGUUAAAUGAGUUAAAAUAAUAUAUAGAUAAAUCAUAUUUUCAUACUUACCAGUGAUUCGAAAUUUGCGAUAAUGUUUAAAAAACCCUUUAAAGUGAAGUCUAAUUCACAGCUAAAAGGAUCAGACAGGAAGAAACUGCGCAGUGACAUUCUUCAACAGUUUACAAAUUUGACAGAAGAUCAACUGAAUACUAUUCUACCCAACAAAGAAACUGUGUUUCAGUUAAAAGUACUCACUCAUUGUGAAAAUUUAAUCAUAGUAUAUACUGUACAAAAGUUGCCAAUAAUCUUUGAGUUCAAGAAGAUAAUGUACCCAACAGUAUACACAUUGUGGCACGUACCAGAACUACUACCCACCUUUACAACACACCCACAGGUGUUGCCAGUGAUAGCUCGGGGGGCGGAUCUCAUGCUGCCUGGGGUGAUACUGCCCCAUGGUCCGAGUCUUCACGCCUAUGGCAGAUUGCAGAGAGGCGAGCGCGUGGCAGUGAACUUGUCCACCAACAAGGCCCCUGUAGCCGUGGGUCUUACCGCGCACUCCAGCUACGACAUGUAUAUGGCAGCCGGCCGUGGAAAGUGUGUCGAGGUUCUGCAUUACUACGGCGACCUCCUAAGUACAUACGGUACUAAGCUGUCAGUACCCGAGCUGGGACCCGCUUUCCAUACUGACGAUAGCAACAGUGUUGAACAAGUAACUGAUCAGCUGGACUCGGUUGACACCUUAGUUAGUGAUGCGGACAAAGUCGAUCUUCCAUCAGGCGAGGCGGAAGAAAACUUUAGUGAAUUAGCACAGGGUAUAUCAAAUUCUGAAUUAGAAGAAGAAAGUAAUAUGUUUGAAGUCGAUUCUUCAUCAAGUCCUGAUGUAUGUCCAGAUGAAUUACUUAAGCAUUGUUUUUACAAGGCACUAAAAACAACAAUGAAGAAAAUCGACUUACCUCUUUUAACUAGCAAUUUUUAUAAACUUCAUAUGAUACCCGCCUGUCCUAAAGAAAGAACAUUAGAUAUUAAGAAGUCUUCAUAUAAAAAACUAUCAAAUUUUUUAGAUGAAAUGGUUAAAACAGGUGUAAUAAAUACGGAAUCUUUACAAAAAGGUGUUCAAAGUAUUUCGAAAAUAGACUAUAGCCAUGAGUCAUUAAAACAUUUUGUAGACAAUUUUUCUAAUGAAGAAGACGGAGCUUGCCUUUCAGUGGACACAACUCAAACAAAUAAAUCAUCUGCACCUGAAAUUACAGAAAAAUACACAGUUACAGCAGCUGUACUUCCCCUGUUUUAUGAAUACGAUUAUAAAAAAAAAGAAGCAGUAUCGGCUUCUGUGGUGCGCAAAGUGGUUGGAGAUUAUGUUAGAGUCCAUAGUCUACAAAACUCCACAGACAGAAAAGAGGUGGUGUUGGAUCCAGUCAUGAGGAGUGCCACCGGCGCACCAUUAGGUGUGAACACAUUGCCAUGGGACCAGCUCGUAUCAGCAGUAUUCACCCAGAUGGGGCACUCGUUUAAGGUGGAGCUGGGUGGCAACGAAGCUCUAGCCCUCACCAAGGGCAAAUUACCUCCGAUCGACAUCCACGUCGGCACUAGAUCUUUCAAUAAAAAGGUUACAUUGGUUAACAACCUGGAGUUGUUCAGCAUCAAUGUGGCAGAAUUCGCACGAGAGUGUCAGCACGGUGUGGCAGCCAGCACAACCAUCAACUCUUUGCCGAAUGCCAAGAGUGUCCAACUCCAAAUCCAAGGAAACCAAGUUGCUUUUGUUGGAAAAUUACUCAUAGAAAAAUACCAGAUCCCCAAGAGGUAUAUCCGGGGUCUAGAAAAUGCUCCUAAAAAGAAGAAGUAAUCAUGUGGUGUAACUUCAGAUUGAGCUGGUCAGUUAAUUUAAGAACUUGUUAUUCUCAUCAUGUUGUUACAGUUUUGUUAACCUGUUUUACAUAAUUUCUGGAUGGUGGAAAACACACUCCAAAACUUAAUUUUAUAUUUAUUGAUAUUUGCCAUCAUUCAGCUUAUCACUUAAGGAGAUCAUAAGUCCAAAUAAUUGUUUUGUAAAAUUGCAUAUUUUUAAUGAUUUUAGAAAUUAGGAAAAAUGUAUGUAAACAUUCAAUAUAUUUGACAGCAUUGAUUGCAACAAGUUCAUGA